GCUGAUUUCACAGUUGCAGUGAAGCCGUGUGCAGGCAAAUAAAAAGUGGUUUCCAAGUAAAGAAGGGCUCCUUUAGAGACAAAUUGCAGAUGGCUGAUUUCUAGCCAAUGAAUAAUUGUGGUCUCUAGUAAGUGUUCCGAUGGCGGGGAAAAACUAUAUCCGUGAUCGCAGCUUCUUGUCAGUAUGGAAACAUUCUUUAAGUUUUUGGAUGCUUCUGUUCCCAUUGUUGUCACUGGGAAGCGUGCAAGCUGGCAAGAUUUCAAUGAGAGUCGUCUCCGGACCAUUCGAUAUAUCGGAGGAGCCGCACUACGACUGCCAAAACAAAAUCCUCAUCUUCGUCGACAAACUCGUCGGGAAGAUUUGUAUAUACGAUCUUCAAACCGGGUACACUACCUGUUCUUGCAGCGUAGGAGAGGAGCUCGCUGGUGUGAUCCCGAUCCAGGACUCGCGCAACGAGUUUUUGGCCGGACUCGGACCGAAGUUGGUGAAAAUCACGUGGAACGGGCGCCCGGAAUGUAAACCCCAGGUCGUGACCCUGGGUCGCUUCGACUACGACGCCUUCGCCACCUUCAGCGACGGAAAGGCAGACUGCACCGGACGGACUUUCAUGGAUACCAAAGGAAAGAUGUUGCGUGACGGAACUACGGUGCCUAACCAAGCCAGUCUGUUCAAAUACGACAGAGAUUAUUGUAAUUUGAAGAUUGAACAGGGUAAAGAUGCGACAUUCUACAACGGGCUGGCGUGGAAUGCCAAGUACACAAGGAUGUACGUCUGCGAAUAUUCGCUGGAGCAAAUUUUUGGUUUUGACUACGACAUCGAUACCGGAAAGAUAAGUAACAAGAAGGUAGUGUUCGACUUCAAUGCCGACGGAGUACCAGGAAAGCCCGAUGGCAUGGCGAUAGACUGCAAUGACAAUCUAUGGAUAGCUUGCUUCGGUGGAUAUCAAGUGAUUGAAGUGGAUCCUGCAAAAGGUGUGGUACUCAGAACGAUAAAACUCCCGGUACGAGACGUUAGCUCAUGCGCCUGGGGCGGCCCGGACCUAAGCACCCUCUACGUUACAACAUCGCGAAUCUACCUCACCGAGACGGAAAGGAGACAACAGCCCCUGGCUGGGUGUGUCUUCGAAAUUUGUGGACUGGGGCCGCGUGGGAUCCCUGCGAACAACGCUGUCGUGUGCAGGGAUGGCUGUUGUUGCGGGUUCAUCGGGGGCUGUAAUCAGAAUACAUGCCCCUGUUGCGGAGGAGGUUGCCUGACGUCCGGCGGAAAUUGCGUUGAUCGCGGUUGUGGGGGUGGAGUGUGCGGGUGCAGUUUGGGGAACUGUUGCACUUUGCGAGGUCAAGAGAAACCUGACGAAGAUCGCAGAAAGCCUGAGCGAGGAGAUUCGAAAAGGGAUGAACCGAAAUAUCGGGAGAAAGAAAAGGACACCCGAGAGGACUCCGAGGAGAAACGAAAAGAUCGGAAGGAGUCCGAAGAAGUUUAUAAGGUUCGAAAGCAGUUGUCCAAGGAUCAGGGUAGAUCUUCCGAGGAUCGGAGCAGAGAAUUUCGGAAACAGAACAGAUCACCUAAGGCUCGAGGUCGAUCUAUGGAGGCUUCAAGAUCUUCUGAGAGUCAAAGAGGACGAUCUAAGGAUAGGAGCAGAUCGUCCGACGAUCGGAGUAGAUCGUCCGAGGAUCGAAGCAGAUCGCCUGAGGAUCGAAGCAGAUCGUCCAAGGAUCGAAGCAGAUCGCCUGAGGAUCGGAGCAGAUCGUCCGAAGAUCGAAGCAGAGAAUUUCGGAAACAAAACAGAUCACCUGAGGCUCGAGGUCGAUCUAUGGAGGCUUCAAGAUCUUCUGAAAUUCGAAGAGGACGAUCUAAGGAUAGGAGCAGAUCGUCCGACGAUCGGAGUAGAUCGUCCGACGAUCGGAGUAGAUCGUCCGAGGAUCGAAGCAGAUCGUCCGAGGAUCGAAGCAGAUCGCCUAAGGAUCGGAGCAGAUUGUCUGAGGAUCGAAGCACAGAAUUUCGGAAACAGAGCAGAUCAUCAAAAGAUCGACGUCGAUCUUCGAGGGAUAAAGGAUCCUUUGAAAAUCGAAAAGGACGAUCUAAGGAUCGAAGUAAAUCGUCCGACGAUCGGAGUAGAUCGUCCGAGGAGCGAAGCAGAUCGUCUGAGGAUCGAAGCAGAUCGCCUGAAGAUCGGAGCAGAUCGUCUGAGGAUCGAAGCGCAGAAUUUCGGAAACAGAGCAGAUCAUCAAAGGAUCGACGUCGAUCUUCGAGGGAUGAGGGAUCUUCUGAAAGUCGAAGAGGACGAUCUAAGGAUCGAAGCAGAUCGUCUGAAGAUCGGAGUAGAUCAUCUAAGGAUCGGAGGGAACCACCCAGGGGAAGAGAUGAAUCAGAUAAAGUCCCUAGAGAUAGGAAGGAGUCACCGAACAGAAGGAGCAAGUCCGAAGAGGCGGAUAAGAGAAAUAGAAGAAUGAAGUCAUCAGAGGAGGAGGAUACCAAGGAAGUCGAAGUGUCAUCAGAAGAGACAGAGAGAGGAACUUCUAAGGAUAAUGCAAAAAGUCGAGGGUAUUCUUCUGAGCAAGACAAAGGCCGGAACAAAUCCAGGAGUCAGAGGAAACCAAAAAAUUCAUCAGAAGAAGGGGUUAAGGAUGGAAAGGAAUCAAAAAGCCGCAAAGAUCAAAAGUUUUCUUCAGAGGCCAGACGUUCAUCAGAAGAUGAGGUUAAGGAAAGAAGUCAAUCAAAAAGCCGCAAAGAUCAAAAGAAUUCUUCAGAGGAGAAGAAAAAUACCUCAGAAAAAUCAGCAAGAGAACAAAGUAAAAAUGGCAAAAAAUCGUCAGAUCAGACAUCCGAACCGGAUAAAAAGCCAUCAGAAAAUGAGAACAAUGAUGAAAAAAAGGAAACUCCAAAGAGAGAGAGCCAAGACGAGAAAAAAUCAUCACCGGAGGCAACUGAAGAUAGAAAAGAAUCACCAGAAGAGAGAAUCUCGGAGCAAGAUAAGGGAUCGCAAGGAAAAACCGAAGACGACAAAAAAUCGUCAGAUAAACAGGAAGAAGAUAAAGAAUCAUCAAUGAAAGAAACCAUAGACCAGGAGCAAUCUCCAGAGGAGGAAACCAAAGAUGAGGAAGAUCCUUCGGAAACAGAAUUUGAGGAAGAGAAUGAUCAAUGGAGAUCCUCAUCCGAGGAAAAAGGCACCAACAGUCAUUCCCAGACUUAAAUAGUAUUAAACAAUAUAAUAAUUAAACUAAUGUACGCGAAAUGGAGCAACAAAGACAAAAUAAUCAAUUGAAUGAUUUAUUUCGUCAAAAUUUCGUUCAGGCCUAAGAUGAAGAUAAACUCGACUACAUUUUGCAAUUUGAAACUAUAAAUUCUAGCCCGGUUUAAAAACAACGUAUGUGCCAUAAGUUUCCUUAUGCACAUAUCGACGGUGAAAGUCGGCAAUC